AUGAGCUGGAGCUUCCUGACGCGCCUCCUUGAGGAGAUCAACCAGCAUUCAACAUUUGUGGGGAAAGUGUGGCUCACUGUCCUGAUUAUCUUCCGCAUUGUGCUGACGGCUGUGGGGGGCGAGUCCAUCUACUACGAUGAGCAGAGCAAGUUUGUGUGCAACACUCAGCAGCCGGGCUGUGAGAACGUCUGCUAUGAUGCCUUUGCCCCGCUCUCGCAUGUCCGCUUCUGGAUCUUCCAGAUCAUCUUGAUCGCCACCCCCUCGAUCAUGUACCUGGGCUUUGCAUUGCACCGACUCUCGCGCCAGCCCCCGCAAAGAAACAGAGCGCCCGUGGUGCGGCGCGGCGCGGUCCGUGACUAUGAGGAAAAAGAGGACAACGGUGAGGAGGACCCCAUGAUUUUUGAGGAGGUGGAGCCAGAGAAGGAGGUGAAGGCAGCCGGGGGCCAGAGACACGAUGGCCGUCGGCGCAUCAAGGACGAUGGGCUGAUGACUGCGUAUGUGCUGCAGCUGCUGUGCCGUUCUGCACUGGAGGUGGGCUUUCUGCUGGGGCAGUACGUGCUCUACCGCUUUGAGGUGAACCCCUCGUACGUGUGCAGCCGGAGCCCCUGCCCCCACACGGUCGACUGCUUUGUCUCCCGUCCCACGGAGAAAACCAUCUUCCUCCUCAUCAUGUACGCCGUGAGCAGCCUUUGCUUGUUUCUCAACAUCUGUGAGCUGUGCCACCUGGGUGUGGGCGGGAUCCGGGACGUGUUCUGGAGCUCCAACAAGGAGGCCGGUGUUGCUCACAGGCACCACUGCCCCCCACAGGAUCCCAGCGCGCCUCCUACUUACCAUUCUCUCAAGAAGGAGUCCUCAAAGAGCCAGCUGGCCAAGGACAAACUGACCUACACUGGCGAGAGCUUGGUGGGCAUGGCCGCCGAACAGCGCUAUGCCAUUCCAGCGGGCCUCCCGAGCCAUGAACUGGAGCAGCUGCGUAAGCACCUCAGGAUGGCCCAGGAGCACCUGGAGAUGGCCUUCCACCUCCAGCCGCUGGACACGGCCAGCCCCUCCCGUAGCAGCAGCCCCGAGUCCAAUGGCCUGGCCGCAGAGCAGAACCGUCUCAACCUGGCACACGAGAAGGAAGGAGCCGCCUGCGAGCGAAGGACCGGUCUCUGAAACACUGGGCCUCGCUGGGCAGCUGCGCAGAUGACAACAGGAAGCGGUUGUGAGGAAUGGGCAGUGUGGACGCCUGCCCCUAGCCUGAAGUUUGAAAAUGCCCUGACAG